CAGCUGGUUUUCUCAUAAAGCCACCGGCCUGGGUAAUGUGAGCAGUUUCGAAUAAUAGUGACCCGCUGUUCAUUACUGGUGUACGCAUCUACUAGAUCCGGAAUUUGUUUUACCAUUCGACUUUCCAUCUUUGGAGUUCAUGUACCGUAGUGCGUGAUUUGAAGUUUUCCUCCGUCACCGAUGAUCAAUUCGUACAACGCCUCGAAACGGGGUGAGAUGAAUGUUGAAGGUCUACCUGACGCCAAGAUUUUGAGAAAGAAGUGGAAGUACUACGAGGGGUAUUUCAAGACUUUCCCAGCAGUGAUCAGAAUAGCUGAAAUGAUAUUCAUGCUGAUCGCAUUUUCAAUGAGUUGCGCCGCUCAUAGCCUCAUAGCGAAAGGAGGACCAUGGCUAGUUAUAGUCACUAUUGUUACUUUUAUGACGUCCUUCUUGUUUAUGAUAUUCCACCUAUUCCUUCUUCACCGAUUCCUGCUCGUCCCCUGGACACUUAUAGUAAGCAUCCCUUUUGAAAGUACUUUCAUGUUUCAGGAAUUUAUCACCGACUUCAUCGUUUGCAUCCUCAUAUUCUCAAGCGGGGUUCUUUCAGCGGCACAUUCUCAUACGAAUUCUGUUUUAAUUGCCCAGACAGUUUUCAUGUUCCUGGCACUUGCGUUGUAUGUAAUCGAUGGCCUGGUGGCUUUCAAAAUUGUCAUGGCUGGAAAAUAUUACGAAGGCGUCAAUGAAACUUGAGGUUUCGCCAGCUGAGCACUGACAAUCAACCAUCCAUCAAUUUUAGUCUCACAUGUGGACUUCCCUUGCUUAUCACUGAUUGUCAUGCAUUCACUUUAAACGUGCCUUAGUCAGUUAUAGUAACAUUUCAACAUAUAAGAAACAAGCACACAUU